UUGUUUCCCUUCUAUUUUAUAUUUCUUUCUCUUGGAAGCGCAUCCCAGAUCUCUCUCUUUUUUUUUCUUUCUCUCUUGGUCUUAUUUCACUAUCUCUUCCUCUCUGUGUUCUUUGUCUGAUUCGGGUCAAGUUCCGGACGAGACAGCGGCGGCGAUGGGAAGAAUAUUGUUAGUGUAACAUAAGGGAAGAUUAAUAUUCUGGGUCAUUUUUUUUUAGGGGGGAAGAGGAGUUGGGAUCUGGUAGGAGGGAAGUAAGGAUGUAUGGAGAUUGCCAGGUGCUGUCGUCGAUGGUGGGAGGAGGCGGCGGAGCGAACGCUGUCUCCCCCGAUUCGCUCUUUUCAUCGCCGAUCCAAAACCCUAGCUUCAGUUUCAUGAGCAACAUGCCCUUCCACUCCUUCCCUGCCAUAGUCCCGAAGGAGGAGGGGGCGAUGGUGAUGGGAAGAGGAGGAGGCAAGGAAGAGGAGAUGGAGAGCGGGUCGGGGAGUGGACACGUGGACGGAAUCAGCUGCGGCGAGGAGCAAGAUAAUGAGCAGCAGCAGCAGCUGCAACCGCCGGCGAAGAAGAAGCGUUACCACCGUCACACCUCUCGUCAGAUUCAAACAAUGGAAGCGUUAUUUAAGGAAUGUCCGCACCCAGACGACAAGCAGCGGCUGAAACUAAGCCAGGAACUUGGCCUUAAACCCCGCCAAGUCAAAUUCUGGUUCCAAAACCGCCGGACCCAGAUGAAGGCGCACCAAGAUCGGCAGGACAAUGUGCUUCUCCGGGCCGAGAACGAGAGCCUAAAGAACGAGAAUUUUCGUCUCCAGGCGGCGAUCCGGAACGUCGUCUGCCCCAACUGCGGUGGCCCGGCCAUCCUCGGCGAGAUGUCCUUCGAUGAGCAGCACCUCCGGAUCGAGAAUGCCCGCCUCAAGGACGAGCUGGAGCGUUUAUCUUGCAUCACAUCACGAUAUGGCAGCCGGCCAGUGCAGCCAUUGGGGCCGGCGCCGCUCCUGCUUCCGUCUCUGGACCUUGACAUGGGCAUAUACUCGAGGCACUUCAACGAGCCCCCCAUUGUGAGUUGCUGUGACAUGAUCCCUGUGCCUCCUAUCUCUGAUGGCCACCAGCCUUUCUCCGGCACACUCAUCAUGGACCAGGACAAGCCAUCGGCGCUCGAUCUAACAAUGACUGCCGCGGACCAGCUCCUUAGAAUGUGCCACACCAAUGAGCCGCUCUGGGUUCGAAAUGGCAGCAUUGCUAAGGAGGUCCUAGACUUGGAAGAAUACACGAGGACGUUUCAUUGGCCAAUGGAUUUGAAGCAACACCAGAAUGGCCACUUUAGGACUGAAGCUACCCGGGAUUCUGCAUUAGUCAUAAUGAAUAGCAUCACAUUGGUGGAUGCCUUCUUAGAUGCUAACAAAUGGAUGGAACUAUUUCCUUCGAUCGUUUCUAAGGCUAGAACUGUUCAGAUUAUAACUGCCGGAAUCUCUGGCCAUGGCAAUGGAUCCCUCCAUCUGAUGCAAGCAGAGCUGCAUUUCCCUUCUCCCUUGGUGGCUUCACGCGAAGCAUACUUCUUCCGGUAUUGCCAUCAGAAUUCAGAGGAGGGGACGUGGGUGAUUGUUGAUUUCCCUGUCGAUGGCUUCCAUGAUAGCCUUGAUGUGCCAUUCCCGCGGUACAGGAGACGGCCCUCUGGCUGCGUCAUCCAAGAUAUGCCCAAUGGGUACUCUAAGGUGAUAUGGGUAGAACAUGCAGAGGUAGAGGACAAGCCACUGCAUCGGAUUUUUGAUCAAUUUGUUAGCAGUGGGAUGGCAUUCGGAGCAACACGCUGGGUCUCAAUCUUGCAACGACAAUGCGAGCGGCUUGCAAGCCUCAUGGCAAGAAACAUCUCUGAUCUUGGAGUUAUUCCCUCCCCAGAGGCAAGAAAGAAUAUGAUGAAGCUAUCACAGAGAAUGAUAAGAACCUUGUGUGCUAACAUCAGUACCACUGGAGUCCAAUCUUGGACAGCAUUGUCUGAUUCUUCUGAUGACACAAUUAGGGUAACCACUAGAAAGAACACAGAACCAGGCCAGCCAAAUGGUGUAAUUCUUACUGCAGUUUCUACAACAUGGCUUCCAUUUUCUCAUCAGCAGGUCUUUGAUCUUUUAACGGAUGAGCGGCGCAGAUCUCAGCUUGACGUUCUUUCCAAUGGAAACUCGUACCAUGAGGUGGCUCACAUUGCAAAUGGCUCUCAUCCAAGAAAUUGUGUCUCUCUUCUGCGCAUAAAUGCUGCAAGCAACUCAUCCCAGAACGUGGAGCUCCUGCUGCAAGAGAGCAGCACCCAUCCUUCCGGCGGCAGCCUCGUGGUGUAUGCUACCAUCGAUGUCGAUGCCGUCCAAGUUGCAAUGAGUGGAGAAGACCCAUCCUUCAUCCCCCUCCUCCCUACCGGCUUUGUCAUCUCACCUCCCAGCCCACCGGCCACCGGCGUCACCAAUGCACCCCCUCCUACGACUGAAGUCGGUGCCACCGGCGAUGGGUCCGCCAUCGGUUGUCUCCUUACAGUCGGAAUGCAGGUUCUGGCGAGCGCGGUCCCGUCUGCAAAGCUUAAUUUGUCGAGCGUCACCGCCAUCAACAACCACCUCGGUAACGCUGUGCACCAGAUCACCGCCGCUCUCGGUGCCGGGGCCAAGGUCGAUACGGUCAUCGCCUCGCUGGAACAGUAGUCAUGGAAAGGACCAUGGCUCCAGUUACCUGAUCCCUGCCGGCCGCACUUGAAAUUACCAAUCUGCCCUUUAGUUUCUUCUGCUGAUCUCUGAAGGUUAACGUUGUAGUGAAUUUUCUUUUCUUUCUUGUUUUUAAGGUUUUCAGGGUCGAGUGAGGAUUUGACAAAACCCCCGAACAGAAGCAAUUCUGACUGUCGUAACGUCUUAAAAUGACCAGAAUACCCUUGAUAUCUUGAGGGCAUUCCGAUCAUUUUAGGCAUAUUUUCUUAAACUUGUGGGUUUUUUCAAAUUUUUCACCUGCAGACAAUAGUUUAGUUAUUGCAUAAGGGCAUUUUGGUCUUUCCAGUGUGAAAUGGCAGGGCUUGGGUGAUCCCCACUAGUUUAGGGCAAGGAAGAAAGCUUCCAUGAGAACAUUGGAUGCAGGAGUCUGUAAUAAGCGAAAAAACAAGGAGUUUGGCUAGUUUCAGUAGGGGAUAUUUUGAGUCGUAGUAGAAGAGAGGUGGUGGAGGGGAGUCAAGAGCGCACCAGCCGUGACCCUUGUUCUCUGAUGAGGUCCAAGACUUCAAUCGUGGGGUCUGGUCUCACCGGGGAACGAGGGUGUUGGUUCGGGAAUUGACUUCUUUUUCUUGUCAGCCUCUGUACCUUGCUUUCUAGUUUGGUUUGCUGUAACUAUUUUGGCUGGUUCCAGUUGCUUCAUUUAUGUCAAGUUGGAUUGGUA